CCGCCCUUCCCGACGUUUCCAGUUUCCCUUCCUUCCUUCCUCCGCGUCGCUUCCCUUCCUUCGCGCGGCGCUGCUCCGGUAGGGUUUUAGCCGGCGAUCUCUCCCCUCUCGCGCGCUCGGCGACUGAGAAUGGUCGAGGUGGAGGAAGUCAGCAACAAGAUGCAGGUGCAGAUGCGCCUCCACCCCGCCGCGGCGGCGGAGGAGGAGGACGCCGACCUCCCGCUCCCCGCCCUCUUCGACAAGGCGUCCCACCUCCACUCCCUCGCCUCCAGCUCCUCCCUCGACCAGGAAGGGAUCCGCAAGGGGGUCGACCUGCUGCGGCGGUGCGACGAGAUGGUCAGUAAGGUCGGCCUCUUCUCCUCCAACGAGACCAAGGAUGACAUCUCCACCGCCAACCUCAAAUACCUACUCGUACCGUACUACCUUGGGGAAAUGACUGAAAGGGUAGCGCAGGAAGAUCGGAUCCCAGUCCUUAAGGCGUCGCAGGAUCAUUUGAAGGAAUUCAUUUCUAUCUGUGAAGCACUGGAGCUUAUAUCAGAGGAUGAGCUUGAAAUAUCUAGGCAGAAGCAACCUGAUACCAUGGCAAAUCGAAGAGCACAGAAGGUUGCACGGUUCAAGCGCCAAAAGGCUGCAGAAACAAAGCUCCUAGAAAUCAAGGAGAGGAAAGAAAGGCGUAGGCGGUCAUUGAGAGCAGCUGCUUUAUCAGCUCCUAUUGAAGCUGGGGAGGAAGAUGCUUUUGAGGAUGAUGGAGAGGAAGAAAGAGAGGCAUGGUUAGCUACUAUCUCAUUGGCUCUAUGCAAGGCUUUUGACCUUCUUGACAUGUUAAAGAAGGAAGAAGAAAUGCUUCCGGCAGUAAAAGAAAGGAAAGCGAAGGAUGGUAAUGCAUUUGCUCGUGAAAUGCUUGAUGAACGUACAAAAAGGGCUGAAGCAUGGCACCAUAAUGCUGCCAACCGUGCACCAUACUCCAAACCAGCUGAUCCAAUCACUUGUGCAACAUUUGCUCAAGAUGUCAUUGAAGGUAGAGCAAGUGUUUCACAAGCACAUGAGCACAAACACCAGCCGCUGAUAUUUGGCCCUGCAAGUCUUGUUGGUGGAGGACUAACCAGUGAAAGAGAGAGAAUGGCAGCACAAGUUUUUCAGCCAAGUUAUAGGUUGCCAACGAUGAGCAUAGAAGAAGCUGGCUUACGUGAGAUGAAAAUGAUGGAGAAAUGGCAAGAAAGAACUGCCAAGAUGAUUCAAGAAUCAAACUCCGCAUGGCACAAGGAUGGCAGUCGGUCAGCCCAAGAGGACGAGGACGCCGAAGAGGAGAAAGCGAGAGGAUGGGAUGACUGGAAGGACGAUAACCCUCGUGGUGCAGGCAACAAGAAGCUCACUCCCUGUGGCUAAAUUAUAUGCUAUGGCAAUUCUAUUGAACUUACAUCUGAAACUGAAGCUCGUGUAAAAAUAUGUGGUUUUUACUAACUUUCCUUACUGCGGCAUUUGUUGAUUGCUGAGUAAUAAUGUGUUCCAUAUGUAUAUUAUAAUUGUGCAUGGUUUCCUUCUGCCAAUAUAUGGGCAACCAAGUAAUGCCAGAAAAGCUGAUUUGAGAAGCAAA